UCUGUAUUUCCAUAUUCAACCAAGACACCAAUAUCAAUUAUCAAUCCAAAUCUAAGAAGCUGACAAAAAACAAUUGAAAAACAAAACAAUAGAGAAGUGCGUAGAUAGAUAGAGAAAGGGUAGAAAGUAGAAAGUGUGUGUGAUUUUGACUCACACAUUCUCUGUUGCAUUAUCACAAACACCUAAUCUCCAUAUCACAAUGCAGAUAGCAAUGGCUUCUUCCCAAACUCUCGUUUCACCUUCACCACUCUCUUCUCAAACUCUUCUCCGAUCAUCCUUCUCCGGCGUAUCUCUUAAGCUCUCUCCCCAAUUUCCAACUCUUUCACCCUCAAAUUUCAAGCCUCUCACUGUCGUUGCUGCUGCCAAGAAAGCCGUCGCCGUUCUAAAGGGUAACUCUGCUGUCGAAGGUGUCGUUACUCUCAGUCAAGAAGAUGACGGUCCAACAACAGUUAAUGUUCGCAUCACUGGCCUUACUCCAGGGCUUCAUGGUUUUCACCUUCAUGAGUAUGGUGAUACUACAAAUGGGUGUAUCUCGACGGGAGCACAUUUUAAUCCUAAAAAAUUGACUCAUGGUGCUCCUGAGGAUGAAAUCCGUCAUGCGGGUGACCUGGGAAACAUAGUUGCUAAUGCCGAUGGCGUUGCAGAGACAACAAUCGUUGACAAUCAGAUACCACUCACUGGCCCCAAUUCAGUCGUUGGGAGAGCCUUAGUGGUUCAUGAACUUCAAGAUGACCUUGGAAAAGGUGGACAUGAACUUAGUUUGACCACUGGAAAUGCUGGUGGAAGAUUAGCUUGUGGUGUGGUUGGCUUGACUCCAAUAUAAAUGCUACGAAUGCUUUUGUACCAGCAGUGUUAUAUUAUCUGGUAUUUGAUUUCUUCAGUUACCCUUGUUUUAUGAAGCUUGAUGGCUUACGAUUAUUUGCUUUCUUCGCUGUCUUCUGAUAGCAAUGUAAACUAUGAAGCUUAAUGUCCUAGAUGAGUGUGUAAACGGUAUGUUAGUCUUUUACCAGAGAGAUUCAUCAUGCAGUCAGGUGCUUACUCCCCAAUAAAAUUUAAUUUCUGAUGUAGUUCUUGUUGCCUGCUUGUGAAAUAACCUAUGUUGAUAUUCUGUAAUACUUGUGUUCCUGGUUAGCUAUAAUAGCUCAAGUGCAAAAGCAGGGUAUUUGUGUCUAAA